UCCCCGGCGCGGUGAUACCACCCCGGCGGUGGUGGCGGCAGCUGCAGCCCCGCCGCUCCCCGGAGCUGGCCCCGCUGUGCUGCUGUUCCAGCUGCCUGCACUUAGGACCUGGAGGAAGCGCCCGGUGCUGGCCGAGAAGGAUCAUGUGAUGGUGGUGUCCACGUCCCACUUCGUCCCCCAUCCUGGGCCUGCCGAGCUCCCACUGGGGAUGAGGCUGCCGGCUCUCACACUGCUGCUGGCGGUGCGGCUCCUGCACACGCAGGCCUCCCCCCCAGCACGCUCCUUCCAGCUGGAUUACGAGGGUGACUGCUUCCGCAAGGACGGUGUCCCUUUCCGCUACAUCUCAGGCAGCAUCCACUACGCCCGCGUCCCGCGCCCUGCCUGGAGGGACCGGCUCCUCAAGAUGUACAUGAGCGGGCUCAGCGCCGUGCAGGUCUAUGUCCCCUGGAACUACCACGAGCCGCUGCCGGGGGUGUAUGACUUUGCUGGGGACCGGGAUGUGGAAGCCUUCCUGGACCUGACAGCUGAACUGGGGCUUCUGGUGAUCCUGCGGCCAGGGCCCUACAUCUGUGCCGAGUGGGAGAUGGGUGGCCUGCCCGCCUGGCUGCUGUGGAAAAGAGACAUCGUCCUGCGCUCCUCCGACCCCGCCUACCUGGCAGCUGUGGACUCCUGGCUCCAUGUCCUGCUACCCAAGAUCAAGCCACGCCUGUACCAGCAUGGGGGGAACAUCAUCAGCGUGCAGGUGGAGAAUGAAUAUGGGAGCUACUAUGCCUGUGACUACGAGUACCUGCGGCACCUGCUGCGCUCCUUCCGGGAGCUGCUGGGGAGCGAGGUGCUGCUCUUCACCACUGAUGGCACGAGGGUGGAGGAGCUGCGCUGCGGCACACUGCAGGGGCUCUACGCCACCAUUGACUUCGGGCCAGGCUCCAAUGUGACGGAGGUGUUUGGUGCCCAGCGCCGGGUCGAGCCGAAGGGGCCCCUGGUGAACUCCGAGUACUACACGGGCUGGCUGGACUACUGGGGGGAAGUGCACGCCAGCACCAGUUCAGCACGGGUGGCCCAGGGGCUGGAGGACAUGCUGCAGCUGGGAGCCAAUGUCAACAUGUACAUGUUCCAUGGGGGGACGAACUUUGCCUACUGGAGCGGUGCUGACUUCAAGGACCAGUAUAAACCAGUGACCACCAGCUACGACUAUGAUGCCCCCCUGUCAGAGGCAGGAGACCCCACUGAGAAGCUGUUUGCCAUCCGCACUGUCAUCAGCAAGUUCCAGCCCCUGCCAGUCGGUCCAAUGCCACCCGCCACCCCCAAGUAUGCUUACGGCUGGGUGGCCCUGCGGAAGUAUGCUGACCUCCUGGAUGUCUUGGAUGUGCUGUGCCCCUCUGGGCCCAUCCAGAGCCAGUUCCCCCUCACCUUUGAGGCCAUAAAGCAGGCCCAUGGCUUUGUGCUGUACCGCACACAGCUGCCCUGGGACGUCUUGGACCCAGCCGUGCUGGGCACUCCUCCCCACAGUGUCUGUGACCGCGGCUAUGUGAUGCUGCAGCAGGAGUACCGGGGGACACUGGAACGGGAUGGGCAGACAACACUGCAUGUGACGGGCAGGGCAGGGGACACCCUGGACGUGCUCCUGGAGAACAUGGGCAGGAUUAGCUUCGGGGCCAACACCAGUGACUUCAAGGGCUUGCUGGGAAACCUCUCCUUGGACUCCAGCCCUCUCAGCAACUGGCUGAUCUACCCCCUGGCCAUAGACACUGCCAUCCGGCAAGGCUGGCCCCAUGCCACCCUGCCGAAAUCAAGCAGUGGGGGCAGAACAGGGCCAGCCUUCUACACUGGGACCUUUGAGACCCCUGGCAUCGCCUGGGACACCUUUGUGACAUUCCCAGGUUGGAGCAAGGGCCAGCUGUGGAUAAACGGCUUCAACCUGGGACGGUACUGGCCCCACCGUGGGCCCCAGCAGAGCCUCUUUGUGCCUGGCUCAGUGCUGCAUGUUGGCCGCCCCAACAACAUCACAGUGCUGGAGCUGGAGGGGGCACCUCACACCCCCUUCCUGCUCUUCCUCGACCACCCCCUUUUCAACAGGACCCUCAGCCGCAGCACUGCGGACACAGAAUAAACAAAAGGCUGCCAGCCACCAGCAUCGCCUCUUGCUGGGGCUGUGGAGAUGGCAGGGGGCUGGUGGAGCACAGGGGCAUGUGCCCUAGGAAAGGGACACACAUCCUGGCAUGGACAUUCAGAGCUCCUGGAUCUCCCUGCCCCACUCUGGUGCCAAGUCAGGUCUGUACAAAGGAGAAAGGGGCUCAGAAUUGAGCUUGUUUUGCAUGUUAAUUCCAAAUAGUUUCAGUGCUCAUGCUGAUGCUCCCCAUGCUUAGGGGACCAAGGCACCUCUUUAUUGACAAUUCAGGCAGAGGAGGUAGUGGCUAACAUGGUACAGCUGAGACACCAAUGGCAUCCAGUAGAGGAGGGCAAAGCACAGCCCAGAGGAUGCUCACACGCAGCUCAGGGCUGUGGGGGCCGGAUAUGUCAGUAUCUAUCCCACCGCCACAGGCAGCAGCCUAUGAGGUAGCCAUGAGAAAAGCCAGCUGCAAGAGCCCCCUGCUGCAGCUGGGCCACAGAGCCGUCCUGGCCCCUCACACUAGUGUGUAGGGACUUCCCAGUUGUAAUGUCCCCAGAGUCACCACCCAGAGUGACAUUCUUGCCCCAAGCCUUGCCAGAGUUGCCCGAGAGGGACAUGGCCAGCCCAGUCCCUCCAAUGAGCACUGCUAUGGAGGCUCUCCGAUGCUGCACAGCCAGUGCUCAGCCGAGCCUCCACCACACUCGUCCUUGGCAGGUGGCAGCAGUCCCCAGCCUAUGUGUGGCUGGCCCGGGCCCGGCGGUGUGUUUGCAGGCAGGCAGUGGAGCAGAAAGAGAAGUCAAGGUAAUGGAAAGGGAUCCGGCCCAGUAAGGACUCUCCGCAAUGCCAGCAGCGGCUGCAGGAAAGAGCAGAGGUGGCCCUGAGCGAAGGAGACACUUGCAAGAGGGUUAGAGGAGCAGAGAGGAGUCACUGCCUGGGCUGUGACAUGAGACAGCAGCAGCAUGAGGGAGCUUGGGCUCCUCUGGUCCUACAAGGCUCACCCAGGAGCCCGGCCAGGACACAUUCCCAGGAGGCAAUGCUACGCAGAGCGAGGCACACUGAGGCAGGCUGAACAAGGGGGAAUUUGGCCCCAUAGCAGGUUGUUGAGCCCCUGCCCAGAUCAGCACAGGCAGGGCUGGCUGCCCAAAAGCCUGUGGGGUGGCAUAAGGAAGGGACAUGGGAUGCAGUGUCAGGGGCACAGGAGUGGCUGGGGGAUUGGCUUGCCAUAGAACUGGCUGCAAGUGGACCAAAUUGUCCUUUCUAAAAUAGUUUGGGAAGGCAGGGGAAGAGGGAGAGAAAGCUUUUAGACUGGCACUGCUGGGAACCGAGUGGACAGGAAUAGCUUUAGACUGGAAAUGAGAACUGGAGCAAGAAGGGCAGGGAAUAGCUGUGCUCACGUGGGAGAGUUUGUCUGCAGAGCCAUACUGCUGGGGCUGUUACCUGAUGUUGGCAAGAGUUGUGCCGGUGUCCUGCAGCUGUGCAGCCAGCCUCCGCUCGGCAGCCAGGGCCCUCUGGGGAGCAGAGAGACAGUUCAGCCCCCCCAGCCCCUGGGAGCCACUGCGCCCAGAGCCCACUGCAUUGGCACUGCCCCAGUUGGGCUGGAUCCCUUCCCCAUGCAGAGCCUCACCUUUUCCCUGUCAGACAGGGCUGCAAACCGCUGCUUCUCUCCCUGCUCCUGCUCCCAGCGCUGCCGCUCCUCCCGCUGCACCUGCUCCCGCUGCUUCCGCUGGGCUUUCUGUGCCCGCUUCUUCUCUAGCUUCUUGGCCUCCAUCUCCUGCGUCAGGGGCCCUGGCACCUAGGGGCAGAGGGCAGUCAGCACCUCCCACUGAGCCAGGGGCAAUGACACGAGUGGGCAAGGGGCGCUUUGCUCUGGGGUCUCCCAGCCCCCUGAAGGUGAGGGCGGAGGGCAGGCACCCACCUUGGCACGGAUGUAGUCGUACUUGUCUGGAUGAUCCACCAUGAACUUGCGGAAGGCAUUGCGGGUCAGUUUGUCAGCAGAGACACAGUAGGGGGUCCUCUCCUGCCCAUCUCUGCAAGACAAGGAAGACCAGUUCACCUUCCCAUCUUACUGCCAUCCCCAGAGAUAUGCAAUGGAUGCUGCAGGCCAGGGUUCUGCAGCCAAGGAGGGGUAAGUUGCUUAUCCCUUCACCUGAAUCCUCCAAAGCCUCCCUUCUUGGAUCUCAAAUACCCUGCCUGGUGGUCUCAUCCCUACCCUCUGAACUGUGUACCAAUAAACAGAAAAAUAAUUAAAAAAUAAACAGAA